AUGAAGCGCAAGGCGCCCGACGCCAGGGAGGAGGCCUGCGUGCUGUGUCGCCGGGCCGAUUCCGACCAGGAUAAGUACGGCGAGAAACGCCGGAAGGAUGGUCUCUGUGCCCAUGAGAAUUGCCUGUAUCUUGCCAGCGGGCUCCCCGUGAGACGCACGUCUGAGACGGGAGCCGACGAGUUCUUUGCGGCUGAUAUCAGGCAGGCAGUGAAGCGGGCAACUCGGCAGCUCUGCUACAUCUGUGGUGAGCGCGGGGCCACCAUUCGCUGCCGUCAGAAGGGCUGCAAGCGCAGCUUCCAUUUCCCCUGCGGCUGCGAAGACGGCUGCGUCUCCCAGUUCUUUGGGCAGUACAGGUCCUUCUGCCGGGAACAUCGCCCGGCACAAACAGUGCAGGCGCACUGGGACGGGGAAACCUCCUGCCUUAUUUGUCUGGAGCCCGUGGAGGAACAGCUCUCCUACCACGCUCUGGUGUGCCCUGCCUGCAGGCACGCGUGGUUCCACCGCGGCUGCAUCCAGCAACAGGCUCUCCGCGCUGGCUUCUUCUGCUUCCAGUGCCCGCAGUGUAAAGACAGGGAGACAUUCCUCUGGGAAAUGUCUUCCAUGGGGAUCCGAGUCCCUGUCAGAGAAGCUGCAUGGGAAGCAGACGGUGCCUUCGACCAGCUCUACGAGAGGCACAGUCGAUGCGAUGCCAGCCGGUGCCUCUACACUCGAGGCAGAGAAGAGGCAGAAGACGAGGGGCCCUGGCACCUGCUCCUCUGCUGCUCCUGUGCUGCCAAGGGCACGCACCGCCGCUGCUCCGCCUUGAGGGCCACCGCAGACACCUGGGAGUGUGAUGACUGCGCAGGCCUGGGCACCUGUAAGAGGAGAACCUGGGUUCCCAACGGGUCCCUCCGGGCCAAGUCCAGGGCCAGGGCCAGGGCCAGCCUCCAGCACACAGUCGGAGACGACCAGCUCCAGCACCAGCAGCCAAGCGGUCUCGACCCCCAGCUGCCCGGCUCCUGCGAGCAGCAGCCACCCAGGCCAGACCGGGCCACACCGCAGGCCGGGCCGCUCGCGACUACAACGCCGCUCACCGACGUCUGCCACCGGCCAAGCAGCGUCGGCCUCCAGCUGCCCGGCUCCUGCGAGCAGCAGCCGCUCAGGCCACGCUAG